UCCAACAUGGAUGCUCAUGUUAACCAGCUCUUAUUCUGGAAAAACUUUUGGUUUUUGUAACGCCAUAACAUAGUUGAAACACAAGGUGGUGGUAUUGCACAAGAUAAAAGAAGGAAAUUGGGGAGCAGCAGUUGCUCUCCUCAAGAGCUGUCGCCAUUAGACAAAGGAAUCAGCGCAGGAAAAACACCAGAUCCCUACUGCAAGCCAGUCUUCAGAAAUUUCAGUAGGAAUAAGCAGGACACUGUGUCACAUUCAAAAGAUAAAUACAGUUAAGAAGAUACAUGCCUUAGAAUAGACAAGAGGAGAGGCUGGGAGAAUGGAAAUGCAGCUCAAGAUCAGGCAAGUUUGGUCUUUUUCCCUGUAUCUCUGUGCAUGCAUAGCAAUGUGUGAGUCUUUCCGCUAUUCAGUGGCAGAGGAGGAGAAAAGUGGGUCUCUGGUAGCGAAUGUGCUAAAAGAUUUGAGAGUGGAUGCAAAGGAGCUCUCUGCUCGGAGAGCCCGGCUGGUUUCUAAGGGCUCCAAGCAGUAUUUUCAGCUGGAUCCUCAUUCAGGGGAUGUGACAGUAAAGGAUAAAAUAGAUCGAGAGUCCCUGUGUGGUCAGAAUGAACCAUGUAUUCUACUGUCUGAAAUUGUGCUGGAAGAACCAUGGAAGUUACACAGAAUAGAAGUUCAGAUAGAGGACGUGAAUGAUAAUUCCCCCAAAUUCUCUAAGAAUAAAUUUAUUUUUGAAAUACCUGAGCAGACUCCUGUGGGUAUCAGAUUUCCUUUGGAAAGAGCAGAAGAUCCAGAUAAAGGAGAAAAUGCUGUUCAGAACUACACUCUUAGUCCUAAUGAACAUUUUAGGCUGGAUGUGAAAAGUCAAAGUGAUGGUAGCAAAUACGCAGAACUGGUGUUAGAGAAACCACUGGACCGUGAGGUGAAUCCACACAUGUAUCUUACGCUGUCAGCUAUUGAUGGGGGGAUCCCCAAAAGAACUGGAACAGUGCAAAUUAUUAUUGAUGUUCUGGAUAACAAUGAUAACUUGCCUCAGUUUCCACAAUCUGAGUACAAAGUAAAACUAAUGGAAAACAGCCCAUUGGAUACACUAGUCACAAGAGUUGAAGCCACUGAUAGGGAUAUUGGUUCCUACGCACAUAUCACUUAUUCAUUCAGCCAAGUGCCAGAAAAUGUGUUGAGAAUGUUCAAGUUAAAUAAACACACCGGGGAACUUACUACUGCAGCAACAAUUGAUUAUGAAGAAAGCACAAAUUAUGAGAUGAACAUCAGAGCCACAGAUGGAGGAGGUCUUUCUGCUUACUGUAAAGUCUUUGUAGAGAUUGAGGAUGAGAACGACAAUGCUCCAGAGAUUACCAUCACAUCCAUCACCAGUCCCUUACCUGAGGACUCUCCCCCAGACACAAUGGUGGCCCUCUUCAGUGUCACAGACGUGGACUCUGGAGACAGUGGCAGAACUGCCUGCACCACUGAAGUAAACCUGCCAUUCGUGCUCAAACCCACAGAGAACAACUAUUACCAGCUGGUGACCCAACAGCCACUGGACAGAGAAAAAGUCUGUGAAUAUAACAUUACUAUCACAGCCACAGACAGGGGCUCUCCCAGACUCACUUCCACAAGAAUACUUCAUGUGCAAAUCUCAGAUGUCAAUGACAACCCUCCAGUGUUUGAAAAGCCAUUCUAUGAAAUGCAGUUAAGAGAAAACAAUAUUCCUGGUCUUCUGAUCGGUUUCAUCCAUGCUGUUGAUCUGGACACAGCGCAGAAUGCCAAAGUGACCUACUCGCUUUUGCCUGGGAAGGUCAAUGAUGGCCCCACUUCCUCUUACAUCUCCAUCAACUCUGAAACGGGGAACCUGUAUGCCAUUCGGUCUCUGGAUUAUGAGGAGGUAAAAGAUUUCCAUGUGACGGUGAGGGCUGUGGAUUCAGGUUCCCCUCCACUGAGCUCAGAAGUUACGAUCCACGUUCAAGUUGUGGAUGAAAAUGACAAUGCCCCCUUCAUCCUCUACCCUCUCCAGAAUGGCACUUCCCCCUCGAAUGACCUGGUUCCCCGAGGGGCAGAGACUGGCUACCUGGUCACCAAGGUGGUGGCUGUGGACAGGGAUUCUGCUCAGAACUCUUGGCUUUCCUAUCAGCUGCUGAAGGCCACAGAACCGGGUCUGUUCACGGUGGGGGCCCAGAAUGGAGAAGUGACCACUCUGAGACCAGUCAGUAACCGAGACAGCUUCAAGCAGAAUCUGGUUGUGGUCGUCCGAGACAACGGACAUCCUCCCCAGUCCACCUCUGCCACGCUCAGAAUCCUUCUAGUGGACGGCUUCUCUGACCCUUAUCUGAAAAGUGUGGCUCUCCCAAAGGAGGAAACAGCGGAGGAGGAAGACCCCAACCUGACUAUGUAUUUGAUCAUCUGCUUGGCUGCCAUCUCAAGCAUCUUUCUCAUUUCUGUAGUGGCAUUUAUUGUAAUCAAGUUGCAGAAACGUGAAAAGUUCAUAGGAACCUACAACUCCACAGCCAAUUUCCCAGUGGGACCAGAUUCCCAGGAGAACCCUGCGGAUCCUGGUGCUGGAUCUCUAUCUCAGGCUUACAACUAUGAGGUGUGCUUAGCUGGUGGGUCUCUGAACAGCGAGUUCCAGUUUCUCAGGCCCCUAUUUCCUGUCUUCUCUGUGGAGCCUCCUAACACUCAGGUGAAUCCAAGGGGUUCCAAUGAUUCUGAAGGAGUCCCAAGUCAUCCAGAGGAAAGUCAACAUGUGGUUCAGGUGAGUGUAGCAUUUGAAUCCUUUCUGUGUGGUUCAAUUUCAGAUUUCUCUCUCUCUAGUUUGAUAAUAAUUUUCAUUAAAUUUAUAUUUUAGAUUUCCAAAUAAAUAUUUUACCAACUUUAAAAUAUCCACAUAGGGUGUGUCAUUUAAGGACAGAAAAUUUUCUUUUGUGAAUUUGCUCAAUGAGAGGUUCUAAAAAUAUGUUAUUGCACACGAGGAAUCCAAAUCUGCAAUUAUUUUUAUGAAUGGCUGAUAAUUAGCUAGGUAAAUUGAGAUUUGUUUGAAAUACACUUUAAAAAAGCCAACAGCUCGCAUUUUGAAGCGAGCACUAAGUAUUUCACUUCACUAUUCUGUGCCCGAAGAAAAGGGGGUCUUUAAAGUUUUUAAUCAUUUUAUACAAGCGAAAAUAUAAAGAAAUUUUGUUUCCAGCUGUAACAACAUAUCAUUAUCUUAUAACGUCCUAUUAUAGUAAAAAAGAAAGAAAGAAUAACAUAAAUUAGAAUUAAGAACAAGUUUCAUCAAGUCCUUUUUUGAUUCAUUUCUUGACAAAAACCGACGACCUGCUUCUUGGCCUCUGAUGUAGCCCUCCCUUUUUUUCCUGUGUAUACACUUUUCCUGCAGCCUUGUUUUACAUAUCUUUCAAUCCCUUGACCAUGACAAGGCCACUGAGGAACUUGCAUAGGCUUGUCAAUAAAUUCAUUUAUUUCUGUCAAGGUCAUUUUGCAUGUUAAUGGAGGUUCAUAUACUCCAUCAAACCAGUCUCCAAUAAGUUUGAAGCAGAGGUGUUUAUAGAAGGUGUCUUCCUUGGACGUAUUAAAAGGUCUCCAAAUGUAUCAUCAUUGCCACCUCUCAAAUCGAUGAUCUUUUGAAUUCCAGCUCUCCUUUCUUCCUUAUUAUUUGAGCACAGCAGUUUCUGAAUUAACAUUUCACUAAAUGCAUACCACGCUGAACGCUUAACAGUCGGCAUAACAGCAUUUACUACAGCCUUGUUUUGCAGCCUAAGCUGCUGCAAUUGAAACAACAAAUGGCAUGGGCCUUCUACCCACAAAUGCUUUAUUUUGAUAUUGAACCAACAUGGAUAGUACUCACCAACGAUGUAUUCCACAAUCAGCCUUAAAUUCUUGAGGUUUUUGCCUUUUAGGCCAUGUUUGGAAACCCACAAGCGACAAAGUCUGUUUGCUGUUGUAAGCCACCUUGAAUGGCUCACUGGUCCAAUUUCAAGAAGUGCCUGAUUACUGGAAAGUUUACCUGCUCUUAUGGCCUGUGUAAUUCUAUAUACAUACACUUGAUCGGUUGACAGAUCCUUCAUAAUAUUGUCACUGAGUUCAAUAACAGGUACUCCAAUUGAUUUUUUUUUGAAAUUUAGGAUUAAUAUCAAGCUCUGUAGCUGCAUCUAACAUUUUAUCAAUGUCACCUGUCCACUUGUUGUUUGACAAAGUCUUCCCAUCAAGGGCACAAACUAGCCAGUUAAGUUUGCGGCCUAGUUUGACUUCUACCCAGUGCAUGGUGCCACCUUCCCAGCCGGUAUUAAUAUUUGUUAAAUCACCUCCAAUUGCUUGUAUUGUUUUAUCAAUAUCUUUCUCUUUCAUGAAAUUCAGUAAAUUGUCAGCAAUUAUUUCAGCUGGUUUUUCAUUCUUUGAGCUUUUCUCUAGUGUAAAGUGAUAAAGGUAUCUCCCACCUGGCUCACUACAAAUUGAAUAAUGUUGUUUUUCAAAGUACUGGGAAAUUUGAUUCACUUCCAUCUUCUGUAUCAGAUUCUUUUUCCUCAUUUCCAACCCCGGAAGAACUUUCUUCAUGUCAUGGAAGUGAAGAAGUCUGCAAGCAUUCCUUUUUAUAUUCAGCAUCAGCAAAGUCUCUCCUCAUUGCAGAGGGGAGGGGUUGUGAACGGAAGCCGCUCCUGCGUUGGCAAGGGGGCAUGUUGGCCCCUUGCCUUACCUGCCCUUGCUGCCUUCGGGGAGCAAAUGCCUCCGUUUACGAACGCCUCCGUGGAAUGGACCGCGUUUGUAAACCGAGAUUCCACUGUAUAACCAUUCAAAUCAGUUUUCCACUUUUACAUCCAUCAAAAUUUAUUGACUCUGUUGAAUUUAUCUUAGUGCUGCCAUCGUUUUCAGCUGCAUGCAUUCAUUUUUCAUAUAUUCAAUUCCCCCCCCCACUCUUCAUAAAAUGUAUGUUCUUCUUGCUCUCUUAUUCUCUGUGUUAAAUCUGCAUGCUCUUCAUAUUCUGUUGCCAAUCCUCUUUAGCUGGGAGUGAGUGUAGCAUUUCAAUCCUUUCAGUAUGGUUAAAUUUCAAAAUUUUCUCUCUCUAGUUUGGUCCCCCUGAACCUGUGAGGUAGAAACCUGAAUUCAGCUGAGUGCAGAUUCUUCCCAUUUUUUCCUUUUCCAUUUUACCUGUCUCAUUCUAUUCUGAUACGGUUGUUUCUGUCCUUGCAUAGAGGGAAAUAAACUUUCAUAUUAAUAUGUUUGUGGUUUGCUGUGCUAUAGAAAAACUUCAUAACCUCUUUGAACUCUCUAUAUGGAAGGAGGAAGUAUUACACAAAAGCUGAGAUGCAGGUUGCUUCCAUUCA